GUUUGCCCUCUGAUCGUCCGCCAGGGGCGCAGUGUUUUUGAUGUAGCCCCGCUGCGCUGCGGUUCUGGGGGAUUGAGACGCUCUGCUCGGUCGGCGGAGGAGAGGAGAGUCUCACUUCACAAUGAAACGAACACAACCGAUGCACGAAAAACCUCCGAUUUAGAAAGGUGGACCGGCAGGAUGGGGGAAGGGCCUUCAGCUGCUAUUACACCUGUGCAGCAGAUGCUUGCGUCUGGCACCGGGGCUGUACUAACAUCUCUUUUUGUCACACCACUGGAUGUAGUGAAGAUCAGACUUCAAGCCCAGCAAACUUCCCUCUAUCAAGCCCUAGGACCAGAGUCAAGGCCCUGGGCUGGGGUCAUCCGCCCUUCAAAAUGGAAAUGCUUCCUCUAUUGUAACGGGCUGAUGGAGCACGUCUAUGUGUGUCAGAAUAUGUCAAGCUGCUCCAGCUGGUAUAAAACCCCUACCCACUUCAGCGGGACCGUGGAUGCAUUUGUAAAGAUUACUCGUAAUGAGGGGCUCAGGUCUCUGUGGAGCGGACUUCCUCCCACACUGGUGAUGGCGGUUCCUGCCACAGUCAUCUAUUUCACCUGUUAUGACCAGCUGCGAGACUUCCUGCGCUACAGCAUGGGCUAUCAGGGGGACUAUAUCCCCCUCAUAGCGGGAGGGUUAGCAAGAUUGGGAGCGGUGUCUGUGAUCAGCCCUCUGGAGUUAGUUCGGACUAAGAUGCAGUCCCGCAAGCUCCCGUACAGCGAGCUGAUGGUGUGUAUCCGCUCGGCUGUGGCUCAGGACGGCUGGUUAUCUCUUUGGAGAGGCUGGGGACCCACUGUUCUUCGGGACGUGCCCUUUUCCGCCCUGUACUGGUUUAACUAUGAGCUAGUGAAGGCACAGCUGUGUGAGCAGUACAGGGCACCACAGACCUCAUUCAGCAUCAGUUUUACAGCAGGGGCCGUCUCAGGAGCAAUUGCUGCAAUUCUGACCCUGCCAUUUGAUGUGGUGAAAACACGCAAGCAAAUCCAGUUAGGAGAAAUGGAGGCUCUUGGAGCAGUCUCUGUGAAGAAACCAUCCUCCACAUGGAACAUGAUGAGGAAUAUCUGGAUUGACAUGGGAUACAGGGGUUUGUUUGCAGGUUUUCUUCCAAGAGUGAUCAAAGUUGCUCCCGCCUGUGCUGUCAUGAUCAGCACUUAUGAGUUCGGGAAGACUUUCUUUCAGGAGCGUAAUCUGAAUCGGGCCAGAUGUGGACUUUGAGAUGAGCGGGAGGAACAGAGGUUUGUCCAGGAUAAUGAGGAAGCUGAGAGAGACUCCUUGCCAACACAGAGGACUUUAACAAAGCUUUGAGUUAGCUCUCUGGGGGAAAAAGAAACUAUGAUUGUUGGGUGAGGUGUCCACUGACUGACACAAGGAAUAAAAGCUGUGAGACGUAAACCACUACUUGAGAUGAAAGACUUCCGUUAUGAUGCAUCAAUAAAUGCAGUUUCCCCAAAAACCCUGUGAUGCCUUAAAGAACAGUACCAAAGCAUGCUGGCAGAAACACUACCUCCCCAUAAUGCCCCACUCAGUGAAAUGGCUGCCGGUUGACCGUGACUUCCAGGUUGUAGUAUCUGCAGUGCAUGACUUAAGUCCCUUUUAUUAAAGACACAGUGCUGCCCUCUGCUGUUCAUGUUGAAACCUCAGACUGAACGGAUAAACUGCUCAAAACUGAGCUUUACUGUCUUCAUUUUCAGCAAGUAACAAAAAAACUUGUAUUUUAUUCAGUUGUGUUCUUUUUUGCAAAUAGUUGAUUCACCUAAAGUAUAUGACUUGUCAUUUGUGUGGCCACUGAACUUAGGAAAAGCCAUUUUUAUUUUAAGUUUUGUGCAUUGAGAAUGUAAGGCCCCUUUUUAAGGCAAGGAUUGUUCUAGUCAAAUCUUGUCCUGUUAUCUACACGUUCACUGCAUUUAAUUCAGAUAUGAACUGCUGCAAAACUUAAUGCUGACUUGAAAUUAUUAGACAGUUCUCAGAUUUUAUUAAAUAAAAGACAUUUAAAAAAGAUCUUCAUCUAAGAAGUUUAAUUUUAAGACAACUUUAUGUGCAUCACCACAUUAUACAAGAAGCAUAUACAGAAAUUAGUUGCAAACUUUUUUGUUUGUUUGAUUGUUUGUAAUUAUUUGUAAUAUUACGUGUGUUAUGAUUUAUUUUUUAUGUGUAAUUUAUAACACUUGAAAGUAAGAAACAUUUAAAUAAAUAUUAUAUAAACAUCA